AUGGGGAAAAUUCCUACCACGGCGGCGCUUCGAAACUGGAAUAUUAACAUUGAUGACGUAAACCGCCCCUUUUGCAACUCGAAUGAGGAAACAGUUGGACAUAUCUUCACUUCAUGUUCAGCUGCAUCGAUAGUGUGGCAGCAUGUUAGCAUUUGGUGUAAGGUGACCCCGUUCUCCGCCUCGACGGUUAGAGAAAUUCUGGAGAUACAUGACCACGUCGACCUUAAAGGGCCGGCUAAAGACGUGCUCCACGGGAUCAUUAUUAUUGGUUGCUGGAGUUUAUGGCGGGCUAGGAAUGGUAUCAAGUUCGAGAACAAGCAAGUGCGGAUUGAAGACAUUAUUAGGGAAGUAAAAUCAGUAGGAUACCUUUGGAUUAGUAGUAGACUUAACGCAAGGUCCAUCUCAUGGACCGAAUGGUGUAGUUUUGUGAGUAUGUAG